CAAAUAUAUGAAAAGAAUAAUUAAGAUUCAGCCGAUCAAUAUUCCAGGUCAAGAUAGUCCCAUACUAUUGGAAACUGCUGAGACUGAUUUAUUUUAUUUAAAAGCGAAAAAAAAAGUUGCAGGUAAUUUAAUUUGUAUAUAAACAUAUUUCAGAAUCUUUAAAAGGGUAUAAUCAAGAUGAGUUUGUAUUUUAUUCUAAAUCCAAAAGUUUAGUAGUGCAUGAAGACGAUAGAGUAUCAAAGUAAGAAUUUAUAUGUAAAACAAUAGACUAUUUUAAAACAAGGAUCAGAAUGAAAUUGAGUUGUAUUUGACAUCAGAUUUAAUCAAGAAGGUGGUUUAGGGAGGAUCUACAGGAGGAGCAUAAUUUUUUUAAGCAGCUUAACAAGUAAUGGGACAGCAAUAGAAUAAGGAAGGAAAGGUAGAAAAGUUAGAAAAUGAUAUAAAAAAAUUAAAAGAAGAAAUUUUUAAAUAAGAAAACAAAGCCAAAUUGGAUCAGAAUGAAUUAGAGGAUAAACUUUAAGAAAUUAAAGAACUAAAGAAUGAAUAAUUAUCUAUUAAAAAAUGGUGUGAUGACAAAGUGAAAUAAGAGGAAGAAUAGAGAGCAGAAAUAAUUUAAAAAUAUAAAGAUAUGAUGAAUAUUAAUAACAAUUUGAAAAAUGAAAUUUUGUAAAAAGACAAUCAAAUAGAAGAUUUGAAAUAUCAAAUAAAAGCAAUUGAAGUAGAGAAGAAUUUCAAUGAAGAAUAAUUUAAAAGAGAAAAUGAAAUGGGAAGAUAGAAAUCUACUAUUGUCAAUGAUAGUUAAAUAAAUGAAAUUAGAAGGGAUUCCGAAAAUCUCAAAAGAUUAUACUAAGAAGAAUAAUUUGAAAGAAAAAAAGAUAAAGAAAGGGCAGUUUAAUUUUAGAUGCAAUGUUAAGAAUUCAAAAAUAAACUAUAAUAGAAGAAUGAAGAAUUGAAUCAAGCACGAAGUUACUCAGAGCAAGAGAUAGAAAAUUUGAAGGAAGAAUUAAGAAGAUCAGAAGAAAAGUGUCAAUAAUACAAAGAUAUAAUAUCUCAAUAAAAGAAGGAUAUUUCUGAUCAAACUUCUAGAUAUAUGGAGAUUCAAAGGAAACUAGGUGAAGUAGAAGCAGAGUUAAGUUUUUAAGUAAAAACUGUUAAUAAAUUAAGAGAAGAAUAAAAAGAAUAACAAUAAGAAAUAGAAAGAAAAGAUCAAGUUAUAAAAGAAAUUAAAAACUCAAAGGACGCUUAAUUAACCAAGAUGAAUAAAUCUGAAGAGGAAAAAUAGGAUAGAAUUCUUUAGUUGGAAGGCGAUAUGAAGAAAUAAAGAGAAGAACUCAGAAGAACAAGAGAUCAAUUAUAAGAUGAGAUUUCAUAAAAAGUAGCUAAAAUUAUGAAAUUGGAAAAAGAAUUAAGUAAUUUAAAUGAAACAUACAAUUCAAGCAUGUAGAAGGCAAACUAGGAAAUCUAAAAGCUAUUUAAUUAACUAGACAAAGAGAAGGAAAAGCUAAGAGUUGAAGAAAACAAAAGAGUCUAAUUAGCAAAAAGAAUUAAAGAGAAUGCACUUAGAAAGGUAGGAGAUGGUAAAAUAAUUUCACCCACAGAGGCUGUUUUUAGAAAUAUGUCAAAUCCUUUUGAAUUUUUAAAGAAUGAGAAUAUAAUGACUAAUGAUUGGACUGCACAAGUUGAAUUAAUUAGGGUGGAUACAAAUAAGGCAAUAGAGAGUUUAACUAAGUCUUAGGAACCUAAUAUAUCAUAAUUUGUAGUUAGAGAACCACUUGGAACUUGGUAAAUCAAAAGAAGUUUAGGAAUUGUAAAAAUUAAUUUAAUUAACUUAGAACGGUGAUGGUACAAAAAGAAAAGGAUUUCUGAUGUAGGUCAUGAGUAGUGAUGGAGAUCGUUAUACUCAUUAGAUUUUCUUAGUUAAAGAAUUGACUGGCUUCGAGAGAAUAGUGACUCUUGAAAAGGCACUUUACGUUGCUCAAAGUUCCCUAAUAGCCAAGGUUUUAGCUGAGCAUUUCCAAGAUAAGAUUCAAAAGGCUUCUUCUGAGAAACCUCCUUGCAGAUUUGCAUACAAGGAACCCUUUUUAUUGCAAACAGAAGGAAGUAAUUAAAAUUUUAUUCACAUUAUAUAGACUACUAUAUUGCAGAAAGACUGAUAAAAGGAACCUUCAUAAAGUUCAAUGGAGAAGGCGAGUCUAUGGAUAAGGAUCUGAAAGUUACUAGUUAUUUUAAUGCUUUUUCACUUUUCACAUAUUUGGCCACUCAGAAAAUGUUGAUGGUCUCUAAUAUUUAAGGUAACUUUGAUGGUGCUGAAUUUAUAUUGUGUGAUCCAGUAGUUUCUUCACCUGAGGGCAUUAUGGGAGAUGAAGAUUUGGCAGAGCCACAUAUUUUAUAAUUUUAAGAUAAUUAUAAAGAGAACCCUAAAAACUAUGGGAAGAAUUAUUUAGGAAGUUUAGGGAUUAAGAUUUGAAG